AUGCCUCGACAUCGCCGUGAUGACGUGACUCCUUUCGACCCUGUCUCAUGGCUCUGGUGGCAUCCCAAUGUCAGGUCGUUCAACGACGAAGAAAAAGCAUGGUUGAAUAUUGACACUUCCCGUGCUCCGCGGGAGACAUUCAUUGAAGUCUACCGGCGCGCAUACCGCGUUAGGUCUGUAGACGAAAUGGCUGAGCAUGUUCGAACCAAAUGCUUGGGCGACCCGUCGCUGAUCUGCACCAUGCUGAUCAGUGCAAACCCUACCAACACCUCGAGUUCCUCGGCGACGCUGUUCUCGACAUGGUUGUGA